AGAGCCUCCGGCGUCAGAGGAGCUUCACGCCAGUAACAGUUUUUUCGAAUUUUUCUCCACAGUUAUCGUAUAUUGUGUUUUAUUUGUUUCUUCGGUGCUAGAAUUUAAUCUGAUAAGAACAUGGGAAGAAGCAGAAGUCGAACUCCUCCGAGACGAGCGAGGCGACGCUCCCGCUCGGCUUCUCCGGAGCGCGAGCGCCGACGGAGGGAAAGGGAUCGCUCCCGUUCCCGAGACAGGGACAGGGAGAGGCGGAGGAGUCGCUCCCGGUCUCCUCACAGGAGACGCUCAAGGUCUCCUGCCCGGCGUCAUCGCUCCUCCUCCCUCUCUCCUCUGAGACAAAAGGAUCGGCGUGACGAUGACCGGAAAGACUCUAAAGACAAGGCGUCCAAGCCCAUUCAGAUCUCAGCGGAGGACAUGCAGGGCAAAACCGAGGAGGAGAUUGAGAUGAUGAAACUGAUGGGAUUUGGUAAUUUUGGUACCACCAAGGGGAAGAAAACCGAUGGAUCUGUCAAUGCAUACGCCGUCAAUGUGACCAUGAAGAGAAAGUACAGGCAGUACAUGAACAGAAAAGGGGGAUUCAACAGACCACUGGACUUCAUCGCUUGAGGGUGUCAACAACCUGUGUGUGUGUGUCGCACUCCCCACCCCCCCCUUCAAAGUUUACCUCGAUCUUCCCCUCACAGAUGUUUGUGAUGGUGUGCAGUCUUCUCCAAUUAUCACCAACUCAACGUUUUUUUUAAGCAAACUCCCACAUGUAUAUAGUAGUACUCAUACAUAAGUCACAGCUGAUUAAUGGUUGGAGGUCAGGCUUUAUGUUGUGUCAGUGGAUUGAUUGUGAUUUAUUUGAAAUAAAAGCAUUUUUAGACUGUG